GGGAGCACACGCAUGCGCAAUCGGAGCCCCGGAGCCGCAGGAGAUCAUAGCUGCGCUCCGGAGUAAGGGACAGGGACGCUGUUAUGAGUGCCAAAGUAAACAUGGAGGCUCCACCCAAAGAACCCGAAAGCACCCCUUUGGACCCGUCCUCCUCGUCAUCCCCCAGCGAGGCCAUCCUCAUCUGUGGGACUGAAAGUGUGGCCAAGAAGCCUCGGCCCCAAACCCACACCACCACGGCUUUCCUCCUACCAGCUCCUGCUACAGGCCAUCAGAAGCUGGAGGUGACUCCAGCUGUUGCCGUGGGAGACCCAGGUAAAGGAGGCAGGGCCAAUGAGACAGCCACACCCACCCUGACAGCACAGGUGGGUGGGGCUUGUAGCAUCGUCCAUGUCCUGGAGUGGAAGGAGGGGAUGGCCAUCCUGCCCAGCAGCAACCUCAAGUUCUGUGUGAGUGACGUAGGAACGCUGAGCACACUGAUCACCCCAGGGACCCCCAGCAGCACCACUGAACCAGCAGCAGGGACUUCUGGGAGAUCUGCUGAUGCAGAAAGUGCUCCAGCAGACAAGCCAGACGUGUUGGCUCCUGUCAGCUCUGUGAGAGGUACAGCUGUGGAGCCAGAGAGGUUGGUGCCGCUCAAACCUGAAGUUCAGGUUGGACUGGGACAACAGAACCACGAUCCCAGAGCUCCGAGGACCUACACAGAGGAGCUACGCAGAGAGCCCAUCACUGACAAGAGGAGUGUCGGAGUUACAGUGGAGAAGGUGCCAGCAGGCGGGAGGGUGUCCUCCCUUAACCCCGAUCACCUGAAACCCAUGAGGAAGAGGAAGAGGAAGGAAUACCUUAGUCCCUCAGAGGAAGACUCUGACAUCGAAGGCACGGAUGAGAAAAUGGAUGACUCUAAAGCAGACAGCAGACACAUCAGAGGAGCUGGAGACAGUAAGACAGAGCAGUGGACGUGGGCUCAAUAUCUGGAGGAAACCAAAGCUGUUGCUGCACCCACCAAGCUUUUCCAAGAGACACAGAGAGUGCCAACAGUGAAAAACGGCUUCAAGCAGGGGAUGAAACUGGAGGGCAUCGACCCGCAGCAUCCGUCCAUGUACUUUGUUCUCACUGUGGCUGAGGUCUGUGGUUACCGGCUGCGGCUUCAUUUUGAUGGCUACUCUGACUGCCACGACUUUUGGGUGAAUGCCAACUCCCCCGACAUCCACGCUGCAGGCUGGUGUGAGAGCACAGGACACAAACUGCACACUCCCAAAGGCUGUAAAGAGGAGGAGUUCACCUGGACCAACUACCUGAGAAUGACUAAAGCACAAGUGGCGCCCAAAGAACUCUUUGCCAGUCCUGGGAGGACUGAUGUGAAGUGCAGUUUCGAGAUAGGAAUGAAGCUGGAGGCCGUCGACCGAAUGAACCCAUCCCUCAUCUGUGUAGCAACUGUCACAGAUGUGGUGGACGACCGCUUCCUGGUUCAUUUUGACAACUGGGAUGACACUUACGACUACUGGUGUGAUUCCAGCAGUCCGUACAUUCACCCUAUUGGUUGGUGCCAGGAGAGGAACCUCCCCCUAACACCACCCCAAGAUUACCCAGACCAGGGCCGGUUCUCCUGGUCUCACUACCUGGAGGAGACUGGUUCCAAGGCAGUGGCCGCUGACGCCUUUAAAGUGCGUCCGGCCCACAGCUUCCAGCCACAGAUGAAACUGGAGGCUGUGGACAAGAGAAGUCCUGGUCUGAUCAGAGUGGCUACAGUUGAGGAAGUCGAGACUCACCGCAUUAAGGUCCAUUAUGACGGCUGGAGUCAUGUCUAUGAUGAGUGGAUGGACUCAGAUCACCACGACAUCCACCCAGCAGGCUGGUGUGAGGCGACCGGUCACCCGCUCAAAGUUCCCCCACGGGACACCAAAACACAGCAGCCACAUGGUGUGAGGGAGCCUCCUGCUACAGGCCAGUCCACCUACCCCUCCUCUGUUCCCUGUAAGCCCAUCAGCCAUCCCAGAGCCAACAAGUACAGCUUCCACAACAGGAAGUGUCCAACUCCUGGUUGUGAUGGUUCAGGCCAUGUGACCGGUCGUUUCACUGCCCAUCACUGCAUAUCCGGCUGCCCAUUGGCUGAGCGUAACCAGGGCAGGCUGAAGGCUGAGCUGUCAGACUCAGAGUGCAAGAGGACCCUGUUCUUUGGCCAGAGGACCAAGAAGACCCAUUACCGUGGCAGGAUUGGCCGUCCUCCCAAAUACAGGAAGAACCAGCAGAGAGACUACCAGAACAUGUCCUCAGAGGGUGUGUAUCCGUCCCUGUUCAUGUCAGCUCUGAGCAGUCAGUCAGACAGGACUCUGUCUCUGUGCUGGGAGCAGCACUGUAAGCUGCUGCCCGGCGUUCAGGGCAUUCACGCCAGCCAGGUGGCAGCAUGGAGCGUUGAAGAGGUCUUCAGGUUUGUCCAGAAUCUAAUCGGCUGUGAAGAACAGGCUCGUCUCUUCAAAGAAGAGAUGAUUGACGGGGAGGCCUUCCUGCUGCUGACCCAGACCGACAUUGUGAAGAUCAUGAGCAUCAAGCUAGGCCCCGCCCUCAAGAUCUCCAACGCCAUUCUCAUGUUCAAGAGCACAGACGAGGUACUCAAGUGAUCCCGCCCUCAUCGUACUGGAGGCGUUGGGCCGCCAAUCAUCAUGUGCCAAAUUCAUUCUGUUGCAGGGAAAAGACCCUGUUCCCUUUUUCAUGUGUUUGGUGUCCUGUACCCAUCAGAGAGAGGGAGGGGGGAGGGGGGUGGUGAGGUGCUAUCAGGGUUAAGGGGAAAUAAAGGAGAGGUUGGAAUAGGAAAGGAAAUGAGAAAAUAAAGAUAUUUUUUUGAGAGUAAUGUCAUAAAGAUGAUGGACAAAGUGGUGUGGGGGGUGGGCAGAAGGAGGCUGAUGAAGGGGAGGUGGAACAUUGGAAGCUUUUAGAGUUUGGAGGUGUUGACAUCAUUACCGUCCAAACCUCACAGCUAAUGUUUCACACCUGUUACACAUCUGCCAGUAUAUGGUACGUCUGACUAAUAAGUCUAUCUCCAACCACCUGUUUUUAAUGCUGAGUUCUACUUUGUGCAUUAAAGGCCUAAAUGGAAAUAGUAGAAAUUCAAACCAAAAAUCAGAUUUUGCAAAAAGUUUUCUACACUCAGCUGAGGUGUGUUAAGUUCUGAAUCAAUACAGGGAAGGUGCAUCAAAAGUAGAUGGAAACAGAUUUUUUGAAUAUCUGUUACGUUCCUCUCUGGUUCUUGGCAUCGGUAUCUUGUUGCUGCUCACAGCUACUCAGGAGAUACUAGUACUAUUUGUACUUUACUUCCUGAAUGAGUUCUAUUUCUAUUGAGGGACAGUCUACCCAAAAUCAAUAUGUAUCAAUACAUAUUUUUCCUUAUACCUGUAGUGCUAUUUAUCAGUUGAUAGGGAGUUGCUGAAUGUUGGAGAUUGCGGCCGUAGAGAUGUCUGCCUUUUCUUGAAUGUAAUGGAACUAGAUGGCACUCGGUUUGUGGUGCUCAAAGCGCCAAAAACCCAACAGCAAUUACUCUUUCCAGAAGUUAUGACCUGUUACUCAAGAUAAUCCGCAGACCUUGUUGUAAGGAGUUUCAUGUAGGAACUACUUUCUCCCUACCAAACUACACACAUCAAUCGUAUCACUGCUCAGAAGGAAGCAUGCAAUUACUCAUGGACGAGAGGCUCGUGCUUGGGACAGGGCAAGAUGUAAACAUUAAUGACAUCUCCAUUGUCUGAGCUCGUUAGCUAGCUCAAUGGUGCUAUGUGAGCUAGCAGUAGAUGCACAUGCCUUUCAGCACAGUGAUACGGUUGGUGGGUCCCCCUGGUAGAAAGAAAAUAGUUCCUACAUGAAACUGCUCACAACAAGGUCUGUGGAUUAUCUUGAGUAACCAUGCCAUGAUUUCUGGAGAGAGACAUUGCUGUUGAGUUUCUCAAAUAUCUUUCUUAGCUCUUUGAGCACCACAAGCUGAGUGCCUUCUAGUUCCAUUAUAUUGGAGAGAAGGCAGACAUCUCGACAGCCAAUGUCUCCAACACACAUCUAGACUGCUAAUUAGCACUACAGAUAGGAGGAAAACUGUUCCUUUAACACAGGCCAGUUGAAACUGUAUCCAUUACCUGGAAGAGGGGAACUCAAGAUACUUUAUGGGGAAAAAAAGUUUGCACAUGACAACAUUUUUCAUGAGUACUACACCUAGAUUUGAACUAGUUUAAAAGCCCUUGACAUGGCAGAUGAAAUCAACAAAAUGUGGGAGAAUACUGAAAUUCUGUAUGAAUUGUGGAAAAUAUGAAGGUUAAGAAAAGGAAGGAGAAGGGGAGGAGUGUGGACAGGCGGGUGGGGGAAAUGUGGCCAAAAGGAGGAGUUAAAUGCAGUAGACGAGGCUGGUCAGUGAGGCUCCUAGAAGCCUCAUGUUUUGUGCAAUAAAAAAGUCGAGGCAGAAGUACUGUAUUCUGUGACACUUGAUAUUACAGCUCCUUUAUGUUAUCAGACUUACACUGUAACAGAAUAACAUGAUUAUUAAGUAAAUAAGCUACUUUGUUCAGACUGUGAGGAGAAGGUUCAGGUUUGUGGCAGAUGAACAAGCUAAAACAGAGAGAAAGCCUUUGCUCAUUUUCCCUCUCAUCCUGCAGUAUUAGUCAUUUGUGUUUAAAGUCUCCACAUUGUACUUUCUCACUGCACCGUUAAAUGUGAAAACUCAAGUGAUACAGGAGCUGUAAUUUAAAAUGUUAAAAUGUCUUAUAUAGAAUAUGAAUCAGAGAACAGAAACAACAAUGUUUUGAGUUUUUAUAUCUAUAUGCAAAAGAUCUUAAAUUAUUAUUUUUUUGGAAUUCUUCAUAGUUAAAAAAGGACACUUUGCAUUGAUGUUUUAGCACAACUGUGAAACCCAAAUGGAUUUUACAUGAUGUUCCACACUUGGUCACUAGAGAGUGCAAAAAUCUACAUUUUUGCACUAUAAACAUGGAUUUUAAAUCUAGUAAAUGGAGCUCUCUGCAGUUUACAUGUGAUGGAAACAAUGUUCAGAGUGUGUUCUUCGAAAUGUUUACAUUAUAUGUCAGAAAUGGAUAAAAAACACUGUAUGGAUUUGAUAUUGUGAUAUGAAAGUUAUUUUACUGGAGUGUUUUAAGGGCUCUUGGAAUUUUACUUCUUUGUGUGUCUCUCUGGUGGGAUUUGUGUGUGUAUGCGUGGGUGUGUGUGCGUGUGUGUCAAGAUAAUCUUGGGUCACAAAUGUCAUUCAAUCCAUAUGAAUUAAUAAACAUCCAAAGCUGUCUUGUCUGAU